CAAGAGUGGAAUUGGACACAGGAAGUCAGUGCUGUUUGUUCACACGAGGAUGGACAGGAAGUUGGAACUAAAUCAGAAUUUCCAAAACUAAACAAUCAAGAUUUCUUUGUGUGUAAUUGUGACUGAACGUAAGUGUGCUUUUAUUGUGAAAGGAAGGCGGACGUGGAUGAUGCCAUCAUGGCGGCCGGCUUGCUAGAUGUCAACAAGGGACAGGAGGACAAGAGGGACAGCGUUUAGUCGGAAUAAAUUACUCAUAAAUGUCCCAUUAGGGUGUCCAACAUGGACGUACGCUAACCGGACACCUUCAGGUCGUCUUUAAAGCCAACCAGCCCAAACUUUGCGGAGUUGUUGUGUCGCCGGGAGGGAAGUUGGUGUCGGCCGAGGCAGCACAACAGGAAGCGCCAUGGAAGGCCGACACAUCCCGGACGACCCCGGUUCGGCCCUGGAGAAGAACGUGGCCGACCUGACCGUCAUGGACGUCUACGACAUUGCCGCCGCGGUGGGCCAGGAGUUCGAACGGAUCAUCGACCAGUAUGGCUGCGAGGCUCUUUCCCGCCUCGUGCCUAAGGUGGUGCGCGUGCUGGAGAUCCUGGAGGUGAUGGUCAGCCGCAACAGCAUCAGCCCGGAGACCGAGGAGCUGCGCCUGGAGCUGGACAAGCUCAGGCUGGAGAGGACGGAGAGGAUGGAGAAGGAGAAGAAACACAGAAAGGAGUUGGAGCUGGUGGAGGACGUGUGGCGAGGCGAGGCUCAGGAUCUCCUCUCCCAAAUCGCUCAGCUGCAGGAGGAGAACAAAAGCCUCCUGAACAACGUGUCCGCCCGGGACGCCAUGAGCGACGACGACCUGCAGCGUCAUGAAGGCAUGAGCGAGAGGGAGAGGCAGGUGAUGAAGAAGCUGAAGGAGGUGGUGGACAAGCAGAGGGACGAGAUUCGGGCCAAGGACCGGGAGCUGACAUUGAAGAGCGAGGACAUCGAGGCGCUCCAGCAGCAGCAGUGGCGCCUGAUGAAGAUCAACCACGACCUUCGCCACAAGAUGUCUGUGAUGGAGGCGCAGGGCAAGGCGCUGAUCGAGCAGAAGGUGGAGCUGGAGACCGGCGCUCAGACACGCGGGCGGGAAGUGGGCGCCCUCCGGCAAGAAGUUGCGCGCUUGCAGGAGCGACUGCAGGGACGCCCGCCCGCGGGAGAUGGCGCGGGGGACUCUCCGGCUCAGCCCCCGUCGCCCGCGGAGGAAGCCCUGUGUGAGGAGGAGACGGGGGUCCUGGACUCCAAAGAUCCCAACAGGGCCAGGUUCACCCUGCAGGAGCUGAGGGACGUCCUCCACGAGAGGAACGAACUCAAAGCCAAAGUCUUCCUUCUGCAGGAGGAGCUGGCCUACUACAAGAGCGACGAAACCGAAGAUGAGAUGGGGGUCAUGCCUGUUCCCAGUCCUUCACCCGAGUUCAGGAGUCGCUCGCGCUAUUCUGUGCAGCCCGAAUCUGGAAUCAAACGCCUGUUUAGCCUGCUGUGGCGGGACAAGCCCAGCGGAGGCAGCUCGUGGAUGGCCAAAGACCACGCCUACACGGAACAAGCGCAGGAGGCCUUGCCCCAGCUUUAACCGCAUGCAUUACCGGGUUUGACCUUUGCACACAGACUUCUUACACGUUAGCAAAAAAGGGCACCACUCUGCACUCAACUGCAGAGAGUAAAGUAGGCCUUUGAGGCAACUAAACACUAACCAGCUAAGCUCGGAAAGGAUUUAAUGGACUGAAGCUUUGCGUUUAAGCUAACUGCUUCUCUUAUCUGGCUAAUGUGAAGGACGUUUUCACAGUAUUGGCGCCACCCAUUGGUAGGAUUUCAUACGGCUAAUGAAGACCUUCUUGUCCUGCGACAUAUAAAAAGUGAAGAAGAAGCGAGCUGAGGCCUUGUUUGCUUUUUUUUUUAUUAUUAUUUCAUGUCAAAGCCCAGCAUUAAGAUUUAUUCAAGGCUACCAGAGCAGAUUUGGUGUUAUUGCAACAGUUCCAUCUCCGAUAAAGUCCAAUAAAGACGCGUGUACCGACCACAGGGGAUCCAAUAGUAUACUCAGUUCCGCUGGGAACCUUUUUACAACACUUAGCAUGUUGCUAGAAAGGUUGGGUUACAUAUAAACAUAAAAAAAGCAUGUUGGACUAUUGGAUUGUUGGCUGAGAGCUAGCUUAGCGUAGCUUUAGGACCUGUGUCACCGCUUUCAACUUCCCUCCCAAUAAUCACCAUAAAUAUAAGGAUGGAGAGGUCCCAAGUGAAAUAAAAAUACAUGAAAUAUGAAUGAAAACAUCACUUGUUCCAAUGUCCAAUAAUACUAAAAUAGGAUUAUAUUCAACUUUUUCUUCACUUCAUCACCCAUUUAUUGAUGGUGUGACCUGUCAUGGCACCUAGUCAUUCAUUCAUUAUUUAUCUUUGAGUUAUAUAUAUAUAUAUAUAUAUAU